AUGGCCAAUAUGCCCCAUCAAGCUUAUGAAGAUGGUCUUAACCAGGGAACGAGCUUUGACGACAUUGUCGUUGGAACAGCCAAUGCUUCUGAUGCCCCUUCGUAUCCUCCGCUGGGAUCAUCCCUCCCUUUGAACAACAACAACAACAAUGGCUCCGGCCUCAGCGAAGCUUUUCAGCGCUAUUUGAGAACUAUGGCAGCCACUCAGGCCCAAGCAGCUGCCAUGGAGGCCACUCAGCCCAGAUAUGCCCACACUCCUUCUGGCCAUCAGCACCACGCGACCCAUGCCCUGCAGGCAGCAAAUGGCCCUGGCCAUUCCCCAGCCAUACGAAUUUCGAUCAGCACCUAUGCGAGCGUCCAGACAGACGACAACAUCGUCGAGACGCGGGCGGACCCCCACGUUGCGGCCCGCGCUCUUCUGGGCGACGUCUUCCGGGGGCUUACCGCUCUCCGAGCACCAAUAAUUGACACAGCCGGGCGUCCCCGACCUAUCGAUAUAGACAUCCAGGCCUACACCAAUGUCGAGGGCAACACCAACAUUGUCGGCGGAUCGGAACUUGUCAAGGAGGCGGUUAAGACGCAGGCUGUCCGAGGCAGGGCUGCUUCUGCUAUGAUCCAGGCGGAGGGCCUUCGUGAUCAUUAUAUAGAUGCUAUAAAUGCUCUGGCGCUACGCGAGGGCGAACUUUUCGGUGCGCAGGUGGAUGACAGCGAGCCCAAGGUUGGCAGCCCCGAGAUUUGA